AUGUCUGGCCUGGUUGACACAAGUGCCAUCGGGCAAUGGCGAGCUAUUGUGACCCUGAUCGCCUUUAUCAUCGCCAAUAUCAUCGUGCUAUUUCCGUUCCACGUUCCUCUCUACGUGCCAAGGGCUGUCGUCAGGUUGUUUCUUGGGUCACUCCAUUUUGUGCGCUUCAGGGCCCCUCUUAACUUCAUCACUGCCCCGUUGAUCGCGGACCUUUUCCUACUGGCCAUUUCAGCAAUAGGCCGUCAAGAAGUCCACGAUGGUACCAUUGGAACCGACCACAUCGAGCCUCUUGAUACAAUGAUCUUUUUCAUCACUCUUGCUUACAUAGCCGUCUCCAUCGACGCCUCGGGCCUCAUUAGAUGGCUCGCCUUCAAGGUGCUGCAACGGUGUGGCGAGGCUGGCCACAAGCUCUUCUUCUAUCUCUACACUUUCUUCUUCGUUCUAGGCACUUUUGUCGGCAACGAGCCCAUCAUCUUAUCGGGGACACCGUUCCUUGCCUACAUGACGCGCGCCUCCAAGAAUAUCGAAAACCCUACAGCGUGGAUCUAUACCCAGUUCGCCGUCGCCAAUAUCCCGUCCGCGAUUCUUGUCUCUUCGAAUCCGACCAAUCUGGUCAUUGCUGGAGCCUUCAAGAUCAAGUUUAUUGAAUACACUGCCAACAUGAUAGUCCCGGUCAUCGUCACGGGCAUUCUUUUGUUUCCAUUCCUUCUCUACGUUGUCUUUGCGGACGAGUCCCUUAUCCCAUCCUUCAUCAAGAUGCACGUACUGCCUGCCGGGCCCGAGACCGGGGCCCCUGUCAACCCCAAUAUCCCAUAUGCCCGUCGUCAAGCAGAGGAACAAGGGGACUUAAGAGAAGGACGCCAAACGGUUGUUUCUCUUGAAGAGAUUAUAAACCCCUUCUUGGAUAAGAAGGGCGCAACGUUUGGCGCUGUCGUCAUGGCAGGCACCCUCAUCACCCUUUUCGGCAUCAACGCUGCAAGUGCCGACAGCAACGACCAUGCUGCCUAUUGGGUCACCUUACCCGCGGCGUUUGUCAUGGUGUGCUGGGAUCUUGCGUCGGGGUGGUUUCAACGAGAAGAGGUGCGCCAGACAGCAGCCAUUCACCGAGGGAUGAUUGAGCGUGCACGUCAAAAAAGAAUCGAGGAAUUAGCUGCAGCUGGUGGACAGUCCACGACCAACGAUGAUGCAGCUACGGUUAGCCCUUACGCCAGUAGUCCUUCCGGCGGAUUAAGCAUUCCCGGACCUGAGCCCUUGCCACAACUACCCGAUCCCAUGAAACCGGUCGACCUUGAAUCCUGGCAGAUCGGAUCACAACACGAGGACGAGCAUACGACCUUGCUGUCAUUGUGUUCCACCGCACGUGAGUGGUUUCAGGAAACAUUCCCUACCAUCAUGACUGUCAUACCGCAUCUUCCGUUUGCUCUAGUUUCUUUUGCCUUGUCCAUGUUUGUCCUCGUUCAAGCCUUGGUAAACACUGGUUGGAUAGAACUAUUUGCAGUUGGUUGGUACCACUGGUCAAACAAGACCGGUACGAUUGGCAGUACUGGAGGAAUGGGAUUCAUCUCUACGAUCCUAUGCAAUUUUGCGGGGACCAACAUCGGCGCCACCAUUCUCUUAUCCCGCAUCAUCCAAGUCUGGCAGAACAUCCAUGAACAGAAUGGGACUGCUAUUAGUGAUAGAACCUUCUGGGCCACCGUUUACAGCAUGGCUCUCGGCGUCAACUACGGGGCAUGCGGCACAGUCUUGAGCGCAUCAUUUGCUGGCCUUGACUGGCAGGACAUCCUAGCUCGGAAGCACAUACAUGUCAGGAGGCUUGAGUUUGCGCGUGUCAACCUUCCUAUCAUCGCAAUUUCGAUGACUGUGGGAUGUAUUGUCCUUAUUGGAGAAAUCUACAUCAUGAGAGAUAGUUCACCGUACGACCCAAGAUAA